AUGUCUAAGUCAAGGAAUAGAAACAGUUUAUUAUCAUCGCAUGGAAGAUCCUCAUACUCCAAUUCUGCCAAAGAUGAAUUGAUUGCUAUGAAAUAUCUGAUGGAGAAACCAUCAGUUCCAUUAUAUCCAUUAAAUGAUAUUGAUAUUCAAGUAGAAACACCCAAUACUAAACCUCCAAGAACCCAGGAAGCCACAUAUCCUGAUUUUAAUCGAUGGAAAGAUCAUACUCAAAUUUCAGGAGAUAAGCAAGAUCAAGAACAUGAAAGAUUGAAGAAUACUUCAUAUUUAAACAAAGGAUAUUUCGAAGCUCCUCAAGUUGCCAAUGAAUAUUAUUCAGCUAGGAAUUUGAUCCAAGCUACGAUAUUCUCAUCUACUGAUAAUUGUAAUAAUGUAUUACGUGAAUUAUCUCAACAUCUUGUUAAUGCUUAUAAAACGAGAAAUGAAGUCAUUAAUAAAAUCAAAUUCGAAUCCAAUAAUUUUAGAAUCCCUCAUCGAGUAACAUUAACUGCAUCAAAGAAGGAAGCAUGGUUGAAGGAAUUAGGAAAUCCCAAUGUCCCAAUUCAGAAGAUUGGUGAGAAGAUACCUCAUGGUAUUAGAAAUAAAGUAUUGAUAGAUUCUGUAUGUUCUCGAAACGUCCCAUUAAAUCGAGCACUUUGGUUUACAAAAUGUGUCCUAUUUGGAGAACUAAUUGCAUUAAGAAGAAAGCAUCAAGCUAGAGCAUCUAUAAGUGGACCAACAGUAUCACAUUCAUCUGAAUAUAAUACGCCUGAGAAAUUUGAAAUUCAUUGGUUACAAGAAUGGACUCAGCAGGUUGCAGACUAUGUAUAUAAGUUUUCUAAAGAGAUGUUACAUGUUGGUGCUGAAGAUAAAAAAGAUCAUUAUAUGAAGAAAUUAAAUUAUUUGUUAACGUAUGUCCAGUCGUUAUAUGUUGAAAAUUUACUUGAUAAAAGUUUCUUCCUAUCGUUAAUUCUAAAAUUUCUUAAAGAUGGACUUACAUUGGAAUCAAAACAUGUGAAUGAACUUCUAUCGAAGAACGAUAGCGAUGAAAAAAUGGAAGACACUUGGAUCCAUGAUAUUGAAAUUAAUUAUGGGGUUCGAUUAGUAUCAAUUACAUUGGUGAAAAUGUUCUGGAAAGAUUUGAUAAAGGUGGAUUAUUUAUGCAAAGAACUAAGUGAAUUAUUAUUAUUGAAUCAUGUGUUUAUAAGUAAGAUAUCAAGUUAUGGAUCCAGAAAACAGAAUAGGUUGUCAUUACCUGAAAAUUUGAAACAGAAUAUAUUGAACUUAAUCGCCGAUACGAUAAUCUAUUUAUUCAAGUAUAAUACCAACGUGUUUAUACUACCUAACUAUUGGAUUCUAAUCCAAAGUUCAUUAUACAAGAUUAUGCUAGAAGAUGCAGAAUCACAACCACAAAAGAUUCAAGAAGAAAUACUGAACCAACUUGAACUUAUCAAAUACAGAAAUGAGAGUUUAAUUUUAAACAUGAAACAUAUCCAUAUUCCAACAAGUGACCGACAUAAGCAUAAAAGAGCUUCAUUCUCCAAUUAUAAUAUCACAGCUCCUUAUUCCUCCCCCAGUCCAGGUGAUUUAGUGGAAGGAGAUGGAAUCAUAAAUAGAAGCUCGGAUGAUAUUUUACGUAUCUUAAAUUGUUUGGACAAACUUCAACUCAAUGAAGAGAUAGCAGAACUCUUAAGACCCCCAUCUUUAAACAAUACGAGAAAAGGAUGUCCUAGCUGGAGAGAAAACUUAAGUCUAGUGUUAUUUUGGUGCAUAACUCCCUAUCGAAACAAUAAACUGUCAAGUGAAGAUAUUUUGAUAGUUUGUAAUUUUUUGAAGAAAUAUGUCCUUGGUAAUCUUCAAGGAAAAGCCAAUGCCAGUAUCCGAGCGGAAUUUGAAACUGAAAUUCUUGAAACUAUUUAUAAAAUUGCUGAUUCGGAAAGUUUCCAUAGUCUGAAAUAUGAUGUCUAUGUUUUGAUUAAUGAAUUAUAUCAAUUGAAGGUAAUGACCAUUGCUUCAUAUUUAAGGAAAUUAAUCGCUUCUGGUAUUUUUUAUUUAGCUCCUGGUACAGAACAAGAUUUUCAUAAUUUCCCGGAGAUAGUUAAGACCCAUUUGGAUAUUUUGGAAAAUUUACCAGUAUUGAACAAUAAGCAAUGUGAUAGUAUUUUAAAGAAAUGGACCCCGGAUGGAUUUAAUUUCAGGAGUAAAUUUGAUGUUGGUCAGAAAAUAUUACAAUCUGAGAUUAUUGAUCGUUUGAUUAAUAAUGAUUUUGAUGGAAAUCUUGAAAAUAGUUUAAGUUAUUUUAAAGAACUCAAUGUUGGGUUGAAAUUUUUAUUGGUGAAUUGGAUUACUAAUGAGUUGCGAACUACUCUUAUUGAAUCAACUAAAUUAAUUCAUUUUGAUCCUAUGGUGAUUGCAAAUUUAUAUCAGUUUUAUUCCCAAUGUGAUAAUCUUACUGUAUUUUUCAAAGUUGUAAUGAAGACGAUUCUUAAGAAUGAAGGAGGGAUGAGUAUAUUUUAUCUUGAUUCGUUAUAUUUUAUGGCCAGAUUAAUAAUGCAUCAUUUCAAAUUAAUAAAAUCAUUAGCUGGAACUCCCAAUGAAAUUUCCACUACCGGAUAUGAAUUAUUUAAGUUGAUAAUUCAAAAUUAUAAAGAUUUAAGUUCUCGAGAAUAUGAUUAUUUUAAGUUUAACCAAGUAUGGAGCUUUAUUGAUAAUGUAAUUGAAAAAGAUUAUGAUUCAAACAAUAGUAAUGAAACCUCGCGUCCUAAUACUAUGAAACUGACAUCAUUGACUUCAAUAUUUGAGAAAGACAUCAUCGAUUCCCCAAUGAAGAUUAAUACAGUAGAGCCUUCCCAUACUCACAUUACAAGAAAUAGUGAUAGAUAUACAUCUACUGAUUUUAGAAAUGAUUUAGAAAUGCUUCGAAAUAAGCCUCGUCCACGUUUGAAUGGGGAUGAGUUAAUGGAAGCAGUGGAUGCAUUGGAAAUCCAAACUAAGGAUCUUUCGCUUCAAGAAUCUGUUGUUGUUCAAUUGAAUUAUUUAUAUGAGAACUCAAAUAAUCUUUCACAGGAACAAGAGAAUAUGUUGAUUAAAGUACUUGUGAGUUCAAGAGUUGCACUCAAAUCGGAAGGGUUCACUGUAUUCUACCAAAUAGUUCAUCAAUUUUGUACAGAUUUGAUUGAACAAUGUGAGGAUCCAAAGAAGCUUGGGUUAUUUUUGAAGAAGUUGAUCGUAUUUGAAGUGUUAAGGAUUAGUGAUUUUGUCAAUUUGGCUUUUCGUUUGCUACAAGAAACAAAGAUACAACUGUUGAUUUAUGAGGUUCUUUUGGGUCAGGAUGAAAUUGAGAAUAGUGAGUUUUUGAGCAAUCAAUUAUUGAUUAUGACAAUUUGGAGACAGAAUUAUCAAGAGAAAUCUGCAGCAAACUUUAGGAAAAUAAUUCUGAAUGGAUUGUUGGCGGGCCCAUUAUUUUCAAGUGAGUUGUUGACAACUUAUAGAGUCGUGGUGCUAAAAUACAUCCAACAAGUAUUGGUUAGCAAAACAAAAGUUGCAUUUGAGGAAAUAUUCGGACGGCUAAGAAAUGAGAAUUGUGUUAAUCUUUUGAAUAUCUUGCUUGAUAGGGGUGAGAAUCAGUAUGUCCGAACAAUGGCUGACUUGCAAGAUGUUGCCGGAGAGAUAAAUGAAUUCAAUUUACCGAUUUAUCAGAUUCUUUUGAGGGUAAUAACAUUGAAAGAACUACAAUCGGUUGACAUGCCAGAGAUGAAAGAGAAAUUAGAGACGUUUACAAGUAACCUUUUGGCAAAUUUGAGAUUUGGGUUUUCUAUAUACAACUCAUUUUUCGGAGAAUUGUUCAACUAUAUGGCAUGGAAACAUAAGGCAUGUAUCCUCGAUAUUUUUGAAACUUGCUUUUUGACAAAGACACAGUUGGAAGAAGGAGACAGUCUAUGUAUUGAUUCUAGUGGGAGAGAUUUACUUGGAUGUUUCAACGACUUUUUCAAAAAGUUUUCAUCAUCCUCAACCAAGACUGUUGACACCUCGGCUGACUUCUUCGAAAACCUUUCAGGAUUCUUGUCUAAGUUAAUGAAUUUGAUUAAAUCCGAUACUUUGGUUAAAGACAGUGCAGAAUCCAUCGCAAUUACAAUUUCAACUUUCUUGAGGAUUUUAAUUAUACAUAAUCUGACAUUAUGCAAAUUAUUAGUUGGAAUGACAGAGUCACAAGCUAAAUUUGUCAAAAACUUGAUUGGACUAUUGAAUUCGGGUUUCCUUCGUAAGAAAGAUGAUAAGUUACGGAUAUUGCUUUAUGAUCUAUUAUUAUUAAUGAAAAGCUCGAUUACAGAUGAGUUGACUUCCACCACCGAGACCGAACUUCAAGAAGCUACUUCCCCGGGAAUAUCAAUGAGUUCCCACACGUUAGCGAUGACACCGACAGCGCUACAAUCGAUUCCAUCUCCGACCAAAGAUAAAGCAGGCGGCCAUGGGGACCAGUCAACUUCUGUGUCACAACACGGGUCAGUUAUUUCAACGGGACUGAUUCUAGAUUUGUUUGAUUUACCAGAACUCAAAGAGCAUAAUCGUUUGAAAGAUGCUUUAGAUGAAUCGUUGGUUGAUUGUUCUAUAAUGCUACAAGAAGAUGAAUUGAAAUAUGGAGGUGAUGUGCAUAUAUUCAAUGAACGUGGGUUGGUGCUAAUUCCUUCCUCUAAUGAAGCAACCUCAUUUGGAAUCUUGAGUAAUAAAGAACCUGCUAGAAGGAAGUCUAUUAAAUUUAAGAGUUUUGAAAUUUUGGAAGAUACAAGUUCUGCUUUGAAUGAUGGGUGUGUCAAUCUUCAAUGGUUGGAUGCUUAUACUACAAGAGAGAAUCCACCUUAA